AUGUCCAAAUUUCUAUCACUUAAUCGUCCUACGAGGGUUUCCAAAUUAAUUUUAAACACCCCGCAUCAUCCUGAUGCUCUUCCACGUGAAAUUAUCCCACAAUGGAUCGAUUUGCUACCAUCGUGCAAGCUGCCGAACCGAUCCUGUCCUUUACACGAGAUGAGCUUUUCCCGAGGUCCUCUAGCACAUACCAUUUGGGAAUUUCCUAGAAGCCAUGGUUUUGAUCAUCAUGACCCUUGCCUUCGAAUCGUCCGAAGAAGCUACCAUUUGCUGCACGAUAAGUAUUUGCAAAACUUCUGGACAACAGCACUGAAAAAAAAUCUAUACCAACGUGGUCUGAUUAACGACGAAGAGAGGGUAACGUGUUCGCUCAGGGAACUUAAUCAGUACCGAAGCUUUCUUUACCAGCAGUACCGAUUGAAGUUGCUCAAAAAACUACAUCAAAUUCAAGUUGAUAAUUAUGAUCAAUUUCAAACUGCAAAAAUUCAAGCUCAUUUGAGGAACAUUAAAGAUUUUAGCGAAAAAUUGAGUGUCGUCCGUAAGCGAGCUGAAAUCGUCUUUAAAAAUAAAAUAGAUCGCUGGAAUCAAGGGAUCAGUGAUUACAAGCUACAGAUAGAAAAGAUAGCGCGUGAUCAUGAAAACAAAAAGCAGCUAGGAAUUAGUAAAGGACACCUGCGGGAUAUUGAGAACAAGUACCGAUAUCUUCAACUGCUCGCCCAGCGAAAGAGGAGCAUGUUAAUUCUAAAAAGACAACUUAGAGAACGAGACGUCUCCCUACGUCAGCGGUUGUUAAAGAACAAGCACAGAAAACUCGAAAUCCGAACGAGGAUGAACGUUGAGCGUUUUCGUAUGCACUACAUGACGUACAUAAAGGAACGGAAUGAAAAGAGACAAAUUUUGGAAACCUUUCUCGCUCAAAUGCAACAUAAGGUGCAAGAUCGAAAGGAUAUGUACGAACGAAAGCACAAAAAGUUAGACGAGGAACUGGUCCGCAGGAAAGCCCGCAAUUUGACCCGUAAAUACGAUCGCCGUAGUAGGGCAGCUCUUGUGAAAGCCUUGUCGAAGGAGUGUAAGAAAGGUAUUUGGACAAAGGCUGCUGGUCGAAGUCCUUCUAUGGUUCAGGAGGUGAUAGAACGUGCAAUCAACGCGGCCUAUGCAAUUCACACUACCAUAAGCCCUACCACCAGCAGCACGCAGAUAAUCGACACUGCUAGCCAGAUCGUUUUUGAUCUUCGCGAUGUACCAAACGAGCCGUUACCUCAAGAUAGUUUAACCAAGGGAUAUGUCAUGAACCGAUUGCGUGAAAUAAUGGAACAAAUUGUCCAGACGUUGGUCCAGAGCACAUGUGAGCUGAUAGAGCAAGUAGCUUUAAGAAAAACGGAAAGCAACAACGAUGACCAAACUAUGCGGUCAUCACUCUCGAAUCAGGUGAGCUUUGUCAGAAUGACCGGUCAGACAGAACGCUGUUCGAGGGUCUCCAUUGGACCUGUUUCGAUCGUAGCACAGUAUGAAACCGACAAUUAUUCGUUGAAGAAAUGCAAACUGAGACCACCGACCCCGGUUACGUCGGUCACGUCGCUGGUGGAAUGCACCUUUGGCCAACCGGAAGAGGAACGAUCGAGUACUAGCAAGCUGGAAGUAAGUGCGGAAUCGGCCUUGAAUGUGAUACAACGCAUUCAUUCCGACGACUAUCCGCUGAUACACGUCAUGUACAGCCAACGUCGCUUUUUGGAGGUGAAUCUGUUAAAAUAUCGCAAGAUAGUUGAACCGUACGUCGAACAGCGCGUUCUAGCCGCAAUUGAUCUCGACCACAUAACCAUCGAAGGCAUAAACGACGUGAGCGUUGGAGCUGAUGAAAGAGAAAGGAUCCUUCAGCGAACGGCUAGUGGUCUUCUGAGUUUUCCCGCUAACGAUCGUUUAUAUGCGGACGCAUUGUUUGACUCGGUUAAUUUUCUAUCGGCAGUUGUGAUCAAAAAAAUUCAGCAUACAUUAAACGUCCCAUAA